UCGACGUACGACGCGCAAUGACGAAACUGUUCGAAUGGUUUAUGGCUGCGGCCUGUUUCCUUAGCGUAUAUUUCGCAAUUAUUCUACGCCAAGUGAAACAUGAACUGUUGGAUCAGUACAUGCUGGAAAUUAAGCUUUCACCCAUAUUUCUGGUGUUAAUUUUUGGACUCUUUUCUGCCACCGUGGUACUGUAUCGAACUUUCACCUUCAACAACUGCGAGGAAGCUGCUAAGGAACUGAUGGAACAGAUUAAAGAGGCUAAAGCUGACCUUAAGCGCAAAGGUUUGGUGCUGAGCGACUAAC